AUCGCGCUCAGUUCAGGCUUCUGUCCCUCCUCGACCCAUCAGAUGUGAAUGUGAUAGCGGAUCAGUCCAGUGCGGAUGAACGAUGCUUUGAUUCUCAUUCAUGUCAACAACAAUCUGAAGAGCACCCAAACCGACGUCUCGCGCUUUCACAUGAACGGAAUAAAAUGCAGCCGGACGAUUCGCAGUAUUUGCAGCGGAAAUGUAGGAUUGGUGAUAUAGAUGUGCAUCCUACAGAAAAGGCUCUAGUGGUGUACUAUGAGGUGGAAGCAUCCAUUUUAGGAGAGUCAGGCAAUGCCAGGCAUGAGGAAAAGAAGGAAUGCCAGAAAAUCAUCCGGCUGAGGAGUCUGAAUGCCAGCACUGACAUUUCCUCCCUGGCCAGGAAGGUGGUGGAAGAGUGUAAAAUCAUUCAUCCAUCAAAACUGGCAGAAGUGGAGCAUCUGCUGCUGUAUUUACAGAACCGAAAGAAGCCCAGCAGUAAAUCAGAGAAGAAGGAAAAGAAACCGCUGAAACCCAGAGAACUACUGCCGUUUGAAGGAAUGGAAAUUGAUGAGGAGGCCAAUAUUAAUAAAAUCGAUGAUUACAUAGAGCUGUUGUAUGAGAACAUCCCUGAGAAGAUUAGAGGGUCCACUCUGAUCCUCCAUUUGGCCCGUAACCCUGAUAACCUGGAGGAGCUCCUGCAUAAUGAGACUGCACUUGGAGCUCUGGCCCGGGUACUGAGAGAGGACUGGAAACACAGUGUGGAGUUAGCAACUACUAUCAUCUACGUUUUUUUCUGCUUCUCAAGUUUCUCUCAGUUCCACGGGCUCAUCACGCACUAUAAGAUCGGCGUGCUGUGCAUGAACAUCAUCGAGCAUGAGCUGAAGAAAUAUGACCUGUGGCAGGAUGAGUUAGAGAAGAAGAGCAAGGCUUGUGACGAAGACCCCGACAACCAGAGCUUACGGAAGGAGCAUGAGAAAACCCUAAAGAAAUACCAAAGCUUCCUCGUCAAACAGGAGCAGCUGCUGCGAGUUGCGUUCUACCUGCUGUUGAACCUGUCUGAGGACACCCGCACAGAGCUCAAGAUGAGGAACAAGAACAUUGUGCACCUGCUGGUCAAGUCUCUAGAGAGAGAGAACGAAGAGCUGCUGGUGCUGGUGGUCUCCUUCCUCAAAAAGCUCAGCAUCUUCUUGGAGAACAAGAACGACAUGGCCGAGAUGGACACUGUGGAGAAGCUAGCUCGUCUGGUUCCAUGUGAGCACGAAGACCUGAUGAACGUCACUCUGCGACUCCUUCACAACCUCUCCUUUGACACGGGCUUACGCACCAAGAUGGUGCAUGUGGGUUUGCUGCCCAAACUCACUGCUCUGCUGGGCGAUGACACGCACAAGCACAUAGCGAUGCGUAUCCUGUACCACAUCAGCGUUGAUGACAAAUCUAAAUCCAUGUUCGCGUAUACUGACUGCAUCCCUCAGCUCAUGCAAAUGCUCUUUGAACUUGGUGAAGAGAGAAUCGACACCGAGCUCAUUUCCUUCUGCAUCAACCUGGCUGCUAACAAGACUAAUGCUCAGAUAAUCUGUGAGGGUAAUGGAUUGAAGAUGCUGAUGAAAAGAGCACUCAAAAUGAAGGACCCACUGCUGAUGAAAAUGAUCAGGAACGUCUCACAACACGAUGGAACCUUGAAACAACUCUUCAUUGACUAUGUGGGUGAUCUGGCAGCUCAGAUCAAGCUGGAGGGCAAUGAAGAGUUUGUUAUUGAGUGCUUGGGUACAAUGGCAAACCUCACCAUACCUGACCUGGACUGGGAGCUCCUGCUGAAAGAAUACAACCUGGUGCCCUACCUAAAAGACCACCUCAAACCCGGUUCAGCAGAGGAUGACCUGAUCCUGGAGGUGGUGAUCAUGAUCGGUACAGUGUCAAUGGACGACUCCUGUGCAGUCAUGCUGGCAAAGUCCGGCAUCAUUCCUGCUCUUAUUGAGCUGCUAAAUGCCCAACAGGAAGAUGAUGAAUUUGUGUGUCAGAUCAUCUACGUCUUCUACCAGAUGGUUUUCCACCAGGCCACCAGAGAUGUCAUCAUUAAGGACACUCAGGCCCCAGCUUACCUCAUCGACCUAAUGCAUGACAAAAAUGUGGAGAUCCGACAGGUGUGUGACAACACUCUGGACAUUAUUGCCGAGUAUGAUGAAGAGUGGGGGAAGAAGAUCCAAAGUGAGAAGUUUCGCUGGCAUAACUCGCAGUGGCUGGAGAUGGUGGAAAGCAGACAGAUGGAGGAUGCAGAGCCAUACCUGUAUGGAGACGACCCGGACGCCCUAGAGCAGCCUGAUCUCUUCUACAGCACUGACGGUAUGAUGCCCCCUGAGCCCGGCCUCAGUCCAGACUUCUACAGCCAGUUCCACUCUCAGAAUGGAGACUUCAGCGCCUGUAAUGGAGCCGAAGCACGUCCUGCCACUGCCUACGGCUUUCGUCCUGAUGAGCCGUUCUUCCACGGGUACGGAUCCAGCAGAUAGAGUCACUGCAUAACAGUUUGCUACAAGACGAUUUUAAUCUCCUUGAAAACUCAAACGCUGUGAACCAACCAUCUCUUCCACAAAAUGUGAGCCCACCCUUGGAUUCAAAGGCAGAUUUAAUGACGAGACCCCCGUAAAAUGCUUGGUGAUGCUUUAUAACUUUAAAUGAUUAAUUAACAAGCAAAUCAGUAGUUCACGUUCAUUCAAAUAUGAAUAUAAAAUAUGUUAUAUAUUUUAUAUUCCCAUGUUUGGUUAUAAAUUGUUUUUUUUUUUCUGACUUUUUGAAUGUACACACAUCUGCUAAGCUUUAUUACAUUAUGUAAUGCUUUACAUUAUCUUAUACAAUGUAUUAAUAUUAUUUAUGAAAGAUAUAAAGCGCUGUAGUUCAGUGGGCAUAAUUUGGGUUCAAAACUUUUUGAUCUUUAGAGAGAGAGAGAGACAUACAGGUAAAGUAUAAUGUGCUGCAUGCGCUACAUACCACCAAUGAAACAACUGACUUACUAAUGACAAAGUUACAGUUUAGCUUCAGAAUAGUCUUCAUUUAUUUAUACAUUUUAUUUUUGUUUUUUAGGUUUUGGAGAGUGCACUUUAAUAUUAAGUAUAAUCACUGAACUGGAUUAAAUCUGUUCUUCAUAUUUAAAUAAUUAUCAGCUAAAAUGUUAUUGACUAUUUUAUCUUUACAUGAUAUUAUAAUGUACUUUCGGCCAGUAAAUGGAUUAUUAUAUAGCCAGUUUUCAUUAACCCAAUGACCAUAAACUGCAUUUACAGCUUCAUAAAGAUGUAGCAUCACUCACUAUCUUGCACUACUUGUCUUAUAACAAAACUAUACGCUGUGUCUGUCAGAUAGCAUAUAUUAGUAGACAUUCCUCUUAGAGAUAUUUAUGAAUUAACUACCUAACCAUGUCCAGGAUUCAUUGCUGUGAAAAGAGUCUUACAACACUAUAAGUAAGGUGCUAAAUGCUGCCUCUGUUACAAUUUUAUGUAAUUGUUUUUACUUGAUUAUCAUGUUUCUGAUUGAGCUGUAGCAUGUGUCUGUUCAUUUUUAAGUCUUAUUUUAGAGUACUGUAAUUUAGUUUUAAUUUAUCACAAUGAAUUCAGGACCGCUCUGUAUUUCCAGACACAAAACGUGCCUCGUAACAUCUUGGCCUUUGCUGCUAUAAUGAUCCUGUGAAUUGUCCUUAACUGCAAACAGAAGAAAUAAAACAAUGCACUAA